AUGAGGGACGCCAUCCUCGUGGGAAUCGUCAACACGAUGACUUCUCUCCUGUCGGGCGUUAUCGUGUUUUCGAUGUUGGGUUUCACGGCCCUGCAAAUGAACAAAAGACUGACGGAGGUGGUCAACACGGACCUGGGGCUGGCUUUCAUUGUUUAUCCGGAGACGCUGUCGCACAUGCCGGUGGCGCCCCUCUGGAGUGCCCUCUUCUUCAUCAUGAUGAUCACGCUAGGUCUGGACUCUCAAUUCACCAUGAUGGAGUCGCUGACCACCGCUGUGUUUGAUGAAUGGCCACGCGUAGGCGGGAGGAAGGGGACUGUGGUAAUGAUAACUUGUGCGAUGUUCUUUGUGGCCUGCCUGAGCAUGUGCUUCAAUGGCGGCGUGCUGGUGUUCGCGCUGGUCGACCACUACUCCGUCUCCUACUCGAUGUUCGCGAUCGCGCUGGUGGAGGUGCUGGUCGUGGCCUGGGUGUUCGGCGCGGAGCGUCUGCUGAACUUGAUGCAGAGCGACAUGGGCAUCAUGAUUCCGACGCCUCUGCGGCUCUACUGGCUGGUCGUGUGGAAAUACGUCGCGCCGCUGGUGCUGGUCUGUAUGUUGGUGCUCACUCUGGUGUUCCACGAACCCGUGUCGUACCGCUGCGGCGAAGACGUGCAGCACUUCCCAGCGCUGGCCGAGCACAUCGCAAUGGCACUGGCCGCCUCCCCAGCGUUCCUCCUCGUCGCUGUCGGUGUCGGCAUGGUCUGUGUCCAGCUGUGGCGGGGCGGCAAACUGACGGCCCUCCUGCGCCCUACGGCCGACUGGGGACCGUCGGCGCCUGCCAACCGCGGUGUUGCCAACGAGGCCUUCGACGACGCCAGUUGGCGUAGGUGA